UUGGUAGUCGCGGUUUUUAGUUAAUAGGAGUAGGUUCGCCGCGCUGAGACACAGUUAGGGGGCUCAAUUUGCGCGACAACUCUCGAUAACUACGCGAUCGCGCGAUCUCCUCACACUUUCGAUUUUUUCGUGAUCUUCAGAGCGAACUCGGAGCUGUGUCGACUGUAAAAGUUUAGACCGUCCAAAUUCAGACCCUGGCAUAAUAGAAUUAUGCAAAUUGCAAUCGGUUUCGUACCGAAAGAUACGAGUACUAUCGGCAGGUUUCCAAUACAUUCCAGAGCUAGAUUAGACUCAUUCGCGGAUAUUACCCAAGUAAACAUAUGACACGUACUCGGUAAUGUUUGUCGCGAACUAGUGAAGGUUGGGGGAUACAUAGUUCAUGGCUUGCAUCUUCCUAUAUGGAAAAUGUUAUGAAAAUAGUGCAGUUAGUGAAAAAUAUAGUCAUAAACGUAUAGUGCGCAAUUAUUUGCACUUUUUUGCUUCGCUCACUCCACGAUAAUAGUCGCAGUGAUAACAUUCUCGACGGUGAUGUUUAGUGCUAUUUCUAUAUGUCAUUGUGUUAUCAUUUCUGUUAUAGUCCACGAAUUUAAUAAUGCUCGCGAUAUCAUUCCUUGUUUGCUUUACUUGACAGAGUCGAGAGGAAUUUAAUUGGAAUGAAAAGUGAAAGAUUUUGAAAAAAAAAAAAAAGAUUUCCCGACUGUGCUAAGAAUUUCAAUUCCCCACUCUCGUGUGCUGUGUGCGCUGUGUUAUCAUCUGUCCCUGUAGCAAUAUAACCUUCCCAGAAUCAUUAAAAUGAGAACGGAAUCACUUUGAAAAAAGUAUCUUCAGAUUAUUAAACAGAAUUUUAUGUAAAUAUAACGUUGUGUGAAAAAGUUUUGUACGUCAGUGGAUCAGUGAUUUGAAAAUAGAAGUGAUUUAGGCUAAGAUACUUCUGCUUUAUGAAGAUGUCAAAAUCUGUGUUACUACAAUCCUCCGAGAAAAAGAAAUUAAUGAAGUCAAUUAAUUGAAUCACUAUUGGAUUAUCAACUCAUGACUCCGCACCGUAUCUGAACAGCUCACCAGAUAGCCUCGAACUUUUCAUGGAAUUUCAAUGUUGAUUUUCGUACUUGCUAGAAGUUUUCUCCAAAAGUUUGAUUGUGCCCCGUUGAGAGAAGAUUGAGUGGCUUCAAAGCACUUCGAAAUCAAGCCACGUCUUCUAUGUGAUACAAACGGAAAAUAGAUAAAUAACGAAAUCCAUCUACAGAGCAAAGCCAAACAGCAGCUACGUGUUUUAGGAACUCAAAUCAAAUUUAUAUUCCAACAAUGUUUAUUUUCAAUUCAUCCAUCUCUGCCAAAAUAAUGUGAGAAAAGCAACCGUAGAACGAGACUGGAACGGACGCUCACGAAUAAUAAGAAACAAACAUUUACAAAAUUCAGAAUAUGAAACCCAAUCGCAAUGCUGCUGUUCAACUGCAAAGUUAUAACAUUCAUUAAGAUACCAACUAAAAAGUAAAGAUCGCGGAAACUGCGAAGGCAACGAGUUCCAGCCAAGGAAAUUCAAGAAAAGUUAUUGUUUAAAAUAACAAAUUGACAAAUAGUCCGGAUCAUGCAUAACUAGCGACUGGAAUAAAAAGUGGAAAGUUUAGUGAAGAUAGAAUCACAAUCUACGCUUUUUUUACAAAAUAGAAAAGAUAAUACGACAAGGAUAAUAUAUUCGUCGCUUGAGAUUCCUUGUUUUUUGGUCAUUGUUAAAUAUUAAAGCUAGUUGAGAAGAAAGAAAGAAAGCAAAAAGCAAAAUGAGUAGGAAUAGCCGUCGUAAUACAUUUAUACCGCCAGGAUUCUCAAUAAGAAGACUGUUAUUGCAAGGAGCCCGUGCUGCCCGCGGUAGCCCGCCGUUGGGACAACGCUCAUGUGAUUUAGAAAAAGGCAAUGCAAAUAGUAGUAGUAAAAAGACUGGAGAAGGAUCGAACAACGCAAAGCACAAUUAUGGUGAUACAGUUUCGCAGCAUUCAUCAACCCCACCUCCGUAUAAAAGUGCGUCUAAUCAACAGCUUCAACCACAACCACAAUCAUCAACCCAACAUCUUAGAUCCAAUCAACAAUCGCAGCAGCAACCACAACAGCAGCUCCAAUCGCAACAGGAACUUCGCGAUUCUGCGAAUUCUCCAACCAAAACUGAUAAUUUAAUCGUUUAUUGUCCGAUUUGCUACAAUAAUUUGUUGCCUGAAUCGUUUUUCACCCUGUUCACUUGUAAGCAUACGGUUUGCCGUACGUGUUUAGAGCGUUACCUUAAGAAUGAAAUCAACGAAUCUAGAACUGAUAUUGCAUGUCCACAAUGCUCCGAGGCCAUGCAUCCUAGCAACAUAGAGACUUUGCUCAAUGAGCAUCCCGAAAUUAUUAGUAAAUAUGAAGAUUUUAUGGUUAGACGAUAUUUACUCUCGGAUCCCGAUUCCCGAUGGUGCCCAGCACCAGACUGCAGUUAUGCGGUCAUAGCAACUGGCUGUGCUUCAUGCCCUCGUAUUCGCUGUCAACGACCCGGUUGUGGUUUACAAUUUUGCUAUCAUUGUAAGGCCGAAUGGCACCCGGAUCAAACCUGUGAUGCAGCGCGAGCAGCGCGACAAAGUCCCACCCGAGCUCCAUCGGGUAGUGUCAGUCAAGAUUCCCAACAUCGUGACGAUAUUAAACCUUGCCCUCGAUGUCAAAUGCUUAUUGUUAAAAUGGACGAUGGAUCAUGCAAUCAUAUGGUUUGCUCAGUUUGUGGUUCGGAAUUUUGUUGGUUGUGUAUGAAGGAGAUAACCGAUCUGCACUAUUUGAGUCCAUCUGGUUGUACGUUUUGGGGUAAAAAGCCAUGGUCGCGGAAGAAGAAAUUAUUAUGGCAAUUAGGAACGUUAGUGGGAGCUCCGGUUGGAAUUGCGUUAGUCGCCGGUAUUGCUGUACCAGCUAUGAUUAUAGGCAUCCCGGUUUGGGUUGGAAAGAAAAUUCACGCACGAUACCAAAGUGCAACAAAACAUAAACGAAAUUGUGCUGUUUUGAGUGGAGUUGCGGCAUCGAUUCUAGUAUCGCCCGUUCUAGCCGGCCUAGCUGUUGCCAUAGGAGUGCCAAUACUCCUUUUCUACGUGUACGGCGUAGUGCCCGUAUCAUUAUGUCGUGGCGGUUGUGGCGUUACAACAAGCCGUGAUGGCUUCAAAUUUGAAUUUGACGAGGAGGAGGACAACCAACUUCGCAACCAGGGAGAUGGCGCCAGCGUGGAUGCUGUUUCACGAAUCGGAGCUACCAGCAUUGGGGAAGUUAGUUUAAGCGUGGCAAGUGGAAGUCAUAUAGGUGUCCCCGGUCAGAAUACAGCUUUUGGUGUAGCGCAUGCAUCCAAUCGUGAGUCAACAACUGCUCUGGCCGGCAGCAUAACCGGGCAUAGACUUGAGGUUCAGGCCGAUGUCAGCUCAUCCGAAACAGCUUCAGCGGUAACGUGUGUGAGCGAGAAAUCGGGGAAUACGUUGAACGAUACGGCGUCCACGAGGGCGUUGGCCGGAUCAAUUCUUAGUUAUAAGCAUCAAUUAGACUCAUCUAAUGUGAGCGAAGAUGGAGUUUCGGAGCGCGUACGAUUCGACAACACGGUUUGCUAUGUAAUCGAUGGCAAACGGGACUGCUCAGACGUCUGGUACACAGCACCACUUGACCAGGACUCGGCAGCGGAUAAAUCAAGCGUCGGCAGUAGUCGCUCAUUUCGCAGCUCAGAACGUUCAUUUCGUGAUGAAAUCGAUUCAAGUAGUUCAUCGGGCACUAAACGGUUAGCAUUCGCUCAGCGUAUGCCAAAGCUUAGCACAACAACACAUCGAACCCUGUCGUUAGAUAGUAAUACCGGAUCAAAUUAUAUCCCCGAGAAUGUUAGUUUAGAGCAACAAGCCGAGGAGGAAGAUAAGGAGGAGGAGAAUGAUCAGAAGCUCAAUCAUCCAGCAACUGGGCCGACGUCUUCUACAUUAGCAGCAGAUACCCAACCGCAAGGAAAAGCUGGCGGCGAUUCGUCAUCGGUUAGCACAAACGGCCACCCACUGCAGCUGGACUCGCCGCCCAUUAAACCCACAGCAAACAAUCGAAGUGAUCCUCCCAAGCCCGAGAAGAACCCUUCAAAAUCGUCAAUUCUACGGAAUUUGUUCUUCUCGCAGGGCGAUAGCCAUUCAAACCAACCUGCAGCCACCACGACCCCGGCUGGAACACCUGCUACCGACGGAGGUGUCAGCAGCAAACCCACAAAACGGUCCUCGGCAUAGACAAUGAUUAGAGAGUUGUUCGUUCUUGGAAACCAUUGAAACAGUUUUAAUUGAUUUGCUCUCUCUGCAAAUGUUUGUAAUCACAGCUACGUCGUUGUCUUUCCUUCCCCUCGCCGCCAUCGACGCUGACUAUGGCAUCGGCGUCGAAUCGCUGCCUGUGUAAUAAAUACAUUAGUGUUAACGUAAUAUUCUCUACAUAUAUUUACAAAACAUGGUAUAAUAUAUUUAAAUGAUACGAAAACAAAACAAACAAACAAAAAAAACAAAAGAUAAAAAGAUAAUAUUUACCCCAAAAGGAAACUUUAAUUUAGAGAAAUGAAGCUGCUAAGGAAAUUUGAAUCCAAAUGAAACGACUUUAUUCGUUUUUUCGUUUUUAAUGCGAAGUUGAAGGAAGAAAAAAAAGAUACAAUUGAUCAAUCGAGAUUCUAUGGCCUAUAAAUAAUAAACAAGAAAAUAUUAAUUUAAUUAUACAAAAUAAAGAAAUGUUAUAAUUAAA